UUGGAUAAAGCGGUCUUGGAUAAUGGCCGUGACGUGGAAAAGUGUAAACACACAUGCGAUGAGAUCAUGAACCUUUUUCUUCAUGGAUUUGGACUUUUACUUAUUAUCAUUAGUUGUGCAGCAUUCCAGGAUGACGUGAUAAUACCCGAAGACUGGGUCGAGCCUCAUGCUUGGGCGUCCGUGCAGAAGGUGUCCGGAACACGUAAUAAAGAUGCCACCAAGGAUGCCACGGACAAACCUGAGCCGCGCGAAAGCUGUCCUGUGGAUGAGUCGCUCGUAUUCUACAGAAGACUGGUGAAUUUCCUCUUUGACACAUCGAAAUUGCGCAAAAGUCCGGAUGGGGAUCAAAUGUUCCGUUCCCUUCACCUGCUCGUCACACCGAAGAUUUUGGAGAAGCUGAAAGAGGCUCGGACGGCCAGAGAUCUCGACAGUGUGGUGUUUGAGGUGAUUGAACUGUCGCGGGAUGGAAAGCUGCAGCAGGCGAAGGAGAUUGUGAUGUCCUACGUGGAAAUUUUUACCUUCUACCUCAACGAAAUCUACAAUUCAGACACUCUUCUCUUCAUCACUCUCGCCAUGACAACUCUCAGUUUUGUGUGGUUCGUGAGUCGUCGGAUGCAGAGAAACAUUGUCCUAGUCUUUAUCCUCACCAUUGUGGCCAUCAGCUACUUGCUGAUGUAUAUGGACUGCAACAGGAGACUGGAGAUCAAGAAGCUGCUGCAGCUGAAUCGUGAGAAUGAGGGGAAUCCUUGUGAGGUGACGUCGUCCUGGUCUUUAUGGUCUUCACGGUCUUCAUACUCUGAGGAUGAAUGCAUGAAGCACCUUCUGAAGAAGUUCGGUCCUCAGCGGAGCAUUUGUGGCCCCACGGAGGUUCUGCUGGAGUUCUUCAGUCACAUUACAAUGGAGCAGUUCAGCACAUUCGUCUACAAAGCUGCAACAUCAUUCAAAGAGAUCUCCGCAAAUUACUCGAUUACGGAGAAUAUUCUCCUGCUGCCCUUAAUUCUAUUCUUCACCACCUUUAUGUUGAUCACCAUUUUCAAGUACGUCUUCAAAUAUGUGGUGCCAACGGUUGUGACGAAUCUCAAUGAUCACGGAGUGGAUCAGACGCAGAAAUCACAGAAUGUGCCUCAGAUUGACUCAGGUUCUGAUCGUUUGGUCCUUUCCGGACAGAGUGUUGAGAAACUUUUGAAUCUUCUGCGACAGAAUUCAACUGUGAGUCUCACAGAAGCGGCAGGAGCUCUUGAGACAGCUGACGGGGAUCGUGUUCAAAUACUGCCCAACACAGAAAGUCAAGUGCAAAGCGCUAUUCUUGAAAAAGAUGAUAAAGAAUCGGAAAAACUCGAAAAACCUGAGAAAGAGAGUGAAAAUAACAAAAAUCCAGAAGAAAUCACAAGUAAAAACACUAAAAGCGAGGCUAACCCAUGACUAUUCCACCUGACGAGCAAAAUUUAUAUAACGAGAAGCAUCAUGGCAUGUAAUUUGUAAUUUAUUAGAGCGCUUUUCCACAAAUUUUCACUAAUAAAAGUCACUAAUAAGAAGCAA